UUUGUCGCCCAGCUGCUGGGGUUCCUGAUCAGUGUGGUCAGCUCCAUUUUCUGUGGCCACCUGGGGAAAGCCGAGCUGGAUGCUGUGACGCUGGCGGUGUCCGUUAUCAAUGUGACUGGCAUCUCCAUCGGCUCUGGUUUAGCCUCAGCAUGUGACACGCUGAUGUCCCAGACGUACGGCGGCAAGAACCUGAAGCAGGUGGGCACCAUCCUACAGCGGGGGAUCCUCAUCCUGCUGCUGUGCUGCUUCCCGUGCUGGGCGGUCUUCGUCAACACUGAGCGCAUCCUCCUGCUCCUCCGACAGGACCCUGAGGUCUCCAGGUUAACUCAGGUCUACGUGAUGAUCUUCAUUCCAGCGCUUCCCGCGGUGUUUCUGUACCAGCUGCAGACAAGAUAUUUACUAAGUCAGGCAAUCAUACUGCCCCAGGUGCUGACGGGGAUUGCAGCCAACAUCCUCAACGUGGCCAUGAAUGCCUUCUUCCUGUACGCGCUGAAACUGGGCAUGGUGGGCUCUGCCUGGGCUAACACUGCUUCCCAGUACACCCAAGCCCUUCUCCUCUUCCUUUAUGUGUGGUGGAAGAAGAUCCAUGUGGAGACCUGGGGAGGCUGGAGCCGGGACUGCCUCCAGGACUGGGGCCCCUUUAUCCGUCUGGCAGUGCCCGGCAUGCUCAUGAUGUGUAUCGAAUGGUGGACCUUUGAGAUCGGGAGCUUCUUGGCAGGGCUCCUCAGCGUGGUGGAGCUGGGUGUGCAGUCCGUCAUGUACGAGCUCUCCUCUGCGGCGUACAUGGUGCCUCUGGGCUUCAGCGUGGCCGUGAGUGUCAGAGUGGGCAAUGCCCUGGGAGCAGGGGAUGUGGUGCAAGCCAAGACCUCCUGCAUCACCGCCCUGCUGUGUGCAGAAAUUUUUGCUGUGGUGGUUGCAACGUUACUGGGAACCCUAAAGGAUGUGGUGGGAUACAUCUUCACCAACGACAAGGAGAUCAUUACCUUGGUGUCCAAAGUGGUGAUCAUCUUUGCUCCGUUCCACUUGUUUGAUGCAGCAGCAGCGACCUGCGGCGGCGUGCUGCGGGGCACAGGGAAGCAGAAGAUGGGUGCUAUCGCCAACGCCAUCGGCUAUUACGCCAUCGGCCUGCCCAUCGGCAUCUCGCUGAUGUUUGCAGCCAAGAUGGGGGUGUUGGGUCUGUGGGUGGGGAUGAUCAUCUGCAUCUCUUUGCAAGCCCUUUCCUUCUUGGCUUUUGUUGUGUGUGUGGAUUGGAAGAAAGCUGCCGAAGAGGCUCAAGUCCGAGCUGGGCUGAAAAAACAGCUGGAAGAUGUGAACAGCAAUGGUACAGCUGCUAACAAAACAGCUGCUCUAGAUUACAUCUCGGUUGACACGGACACUGGGGACACUGUGGUCCUGCCCGAGAGCAUUGCUGGAGGCGAGAGGCAGCCUGACCACCAGCUCAUCACGCAGGAGGAGCCCGCUGUCGUCCCCGCUCCUCCUGCCGUG